AUGGAAAAUAUAAGGAAGGGUGAAAUUUUGAAAGCAAAAGACAGAUGGUUAGCAUUUGAGGAUGAUUCACCUCAGAAAAAUUUAAAACGAGAACACAAGAGUUAUUUUCUUCAAAUUGAAGAAGCUGUAUCUUUAUUAUGGGCAGAGCGGGCAAUUCAAGAUGGUAUCACAUUUACUGGUGAUAUUUUACAAAACAAAGUGAAGAAAUUAGCUGAGUUAAUAUAUAAUAUUAAUGGAAAUUAG